AUGAGGACUCAACUGCGCCUCAACUGCCCAGCAACUGUGCUGUCCCAGACUUGGGUCCCGCCAAAGCCUGCCAUCCCAUUCCAACUGCUGCCUGAAGUCAACCCUGGCCCCCGACAUGAGCGACUUGGAGGUGCUGCUGCCUGGGGAGGCUGAAGUGCUGGUGCGAGGUCUGCGUAGCUUCCAGCUCCGGGAGAUGGGAUCUGAAGGGUGGAACAAGCAGCACGAGAACCUGGAGAAGCUGAACAUGCAAGCCAUCCUUGAUGCCACCAUCAGCCAGGGUGAGCCCAUUCAGGAGCUGCUGGUCACCCAUGGGAAGAUCCCAACACUGGUAGAAGAGCUGAUUGCAGUGGAGAUGUGGAAACAGAAGGUGUUUCCAGUAUUGUGCAAGCUGGAGGACUUCAAGCCCCAGAAUACCUUCCCCAUAUACAUGGUGGUACAUCAUGAGGCCUCCGUCAUUAACCUUCUAGAGACAGUGUUCUUCCACAAGGAAGCAUGUGAGUCAGCUGAUGACAAAGUCUUGGACCUAGUAGACUACUGCCACCGGAAAUUGAUACUGCUGGUGGCCCGGACUGGCCAUGGUGACUUGCUUGAGGAAGAAAGGUCCCAGGACAGCACCCCUAUGCAGGAGCUGCAGAAUCAGGCAGAGAUGAUGGAAUUUGAGAUUUCAUUGAAAGCGCUGUCAGUGCUUCGCUACAUCACAGAUUGCGUGGAUAGGCUUUCCCUGAGUACCCUGACCCGAAUGCUCAGCACUCACAACUUGCCCUGCCUCCUGGUGGAACUGCUAGAACACAGUCCCUGGAGCCGGUGGGAAGGAGGCAAGCUGCAGCAAUUUGAGAGUGGCUGCUGGCAGACAGUGGCCCCCUCAGAGCAGCAAAAGCUGAGCAAGUUGGAUGGCCAAGUGUGGAUCGCCCUGUACAACCUUCUGCUAAGCCCAGAGGCCCAGGCCCGCUACUGCCUCACAAGCUUUGCUAAGGGACAGCUGCUCAAGCUUCAGGCCUUCCUCACAGACACAUUACUUGACCAGCUGCCCAAUCUGGCGGACCUGAAGGGUUUCCUGGCUCACCUGGCCCUGGUUGAAACCCAGCCCCCUAAGAAGGACCUGGUGUUGGAACAGAUUCCAGAAAUCUGGGAGCGGAUGGAGCGAGAGAACAGAGGCAAAUGGCAGGCUAUUGCCAAGCACCAGCUUCAGCAUGUAUUCAGUCCCUCGCAGCAGGACCUUCGGCUUCAGGCACAAAGGUGGGCUGAAACCUACAAGCUGGAUGUCCUAGAGGCCAUUGCUCCAGAGAGGCCCCACUGUGCUUACUGCAAUGCAGAGGCUUCAAAACGCUGCUCAAGAUGCCAGAGCGUGUGGUACUGCUGCAGGGAGUGCCAAGUCAAGCACUGGGAGAAGCAUGGAAAGACUUGUGUUCUAGCAGUCCCAAGUGACAGAGCCAAGUGAGGGCUGCAGCUGCUGCGGACCAACCAGGGAAUGCACCCAGAAUGUGACCCUGGGCCUCAAGACCACUGUCAGACCUCAGUUUCCCUGGUGGUGAGCAAAGUUGAGCCAAGUAGAGCUGGUACCCCACGCCCCCCUCAACAAGCCAAGGCUCCCCACUUCCUGCCCCACCCAACAAAUAUAGAGGGCCGGGCCACAGCAUCAGAAAACUGGGGUAAGAGGCCUGGGUUGGGGGGUGUAGACGAGGGCCGGAUGUGGGUACCCUCUUCCUUUAGCACACAGUAAAGCGAACCCAUGAA